UCAGGGCAUUGAGAACUUCUGCUUUGCUUGAGCCACUUUUGAUGCACACAUCCGUCUGAGAGCACCGUGGUGUUGCUUGUAUUGAAACAGAUUUAAGACUAAGAAAUCAAUAGUUUUAAGUAAAGCAGCAAUUGUUAUACGUUAGUGUAAAACCUUGAAUUGUCUCGUUUUUCUUUUUUGAGCUCAAAAAGUGUAGGUCGAAGGUCACGAUUACAAGCUGAAACUUAGUCUCAACUGAGUGAAUCCCAGCCCUGGGCACCAAAUUCUUCAGAAGGUUGUUAUCAUGGAUACAGACGAAAUCUCAAAUGGGUAUGAAUCGAUGUGGUGGGGCACCUUGGGGUCCGUCCGCCCCUUUCCCAAUUUUCAUCCAGAGAGGGACGUUUUAGUUCUCCAACAAGCUCUGGAACAGAAAGAUGUGAACACCAUUGUGAGAAUACUGACCAAUCGCAGUAAUGCUCAAAGACAAUCUCUGGUCCGGGCCUACAAGACCUUCUCACAAAAGGAGCUGGAUGCAGGUCUGAAGAAGGUUCUGUCCGGUGAUCUGCAGUCUCUGAUACUGGGUCUCAUGAUGACACCAGAGCAAUUUGAAGCCCAUCGCUUGCGCAAAGCCAUGGAGGGUGUCGGUACAGAUGAAGAAAUCCUUUCGGAGAUUUUGUGUUCAAGGACACCACAGCAGCUCUCUGACAUCACAGCUGCAUACAACCAAGAGUUUAAACGGGAUUUGGAGAAAGACUUGCUCAGUGAAACCAGUGGAGAUUUUUCAAAGCUCAUAAUUGCUUUGUUGAAGAAAGAGAAUGGGCAAGCAGUCGUUGACCAAGACUUAAAAACUUUAUCCGAGGAGCUAAAAAACAAGAAACCUGUGGGUGAGAUUUGGAUCGAUAUACUCACCACAAGAAACCCUGACCACCUUAAAACUGUGCUGAGUAAACUGGAGAUUGAAUUAGAACAGACUGUGGAUGAAGCUUUAGAGGGACAUUUUAAAGGGCUUCUUUUAGGAGAUCUGAGAAAGGGCUUAAAGUCACUAGUACACUGUAUACAGAACAAGCCUAUGUAUUUGGCCCAGCGGAUCCAAAAUAUGAAAGUACCGUUGCUCCAGGGUGUGAUGGUGUCUCACAGUGAGGAAGAUCUGCUGAGCAUUCGAGUGGCGUACCUUCAAGCAACAGGGACGUCACUUUACACUGCCUUACAGAAGCAGUUCAAAGGUGAUCUCCAGCAGGCUUUGUUGGCUAUAUGCCGUGCCGAAGAUUAGGAACACAAACACACAGCAGAUGUGUAAAACACCAGGGGUAUAUAUUACAACUGAUAAACGUCUGUGUACAUACACUGAAAGAACACUUUAUCCACAAAGAGCUGUUAAACGGGAGAUCUGCUUUGGAAAAUAACUAAAUAAAACACAUUACUUGCCAUUUUAAAAUCUUGUUUAUUAUAAAUCCCACCAUUAGUUUCCUAUAAGAGCAUAAAGAGGACGGGAACAGAUAAGAGAUCUCUGAACCACAGUCAAGCUGUUAAACGUGAAUUAGACAAGCGAGUGGUCAUCCAGGAGUGUUCUGAUAUUUUAUUGAGGAGUUGUUUAGAGGAGCGUGUGUAAGAUUUCUUCAAAAAGAUAAAGAGUUGUCAUAAAAGAUACCGAUCGAAGAAUUAUUAACCUUCACUGUAACUGCUGGAUUGUUUGAAUAUUGUUUAUUGUCCCUUAAAUAGCAAUUAUAAUUUUAUGAUUUGGAUGUCCCUAAAAUGUGUGAGAAUCAAAACCACAGGAUGUUUUCUGUUUAAUGAAACUAGAAGUUUGCUUUUUAUCAAAAAUCAUGUAAAAUGCUAUGUAGCUUGUGUGUGUACAGCUACUUUUGUAAAGAAGCUUGUUCGUUUAAUCUUUAUUAAGGGAUAUUAAUUAUAUGGCAGCAAUUACAAUAAAGUUUUCUGGCACAGCUCCUCAUCCCCUUCUCCACCUCCAAUUCCUACUGUAUUAUAUGUGUCUUUAAGCUGUAAAAUUGAUCAAUUGUUAUUAUUUUACUG